AUGGACUCUACGAAAGAUACAGCCGAUGAUAGCCCUAUCAUCGAAAGCAGCUUUUCAGUCGAUGACGCAUCACCGAAACCUGUUCCAAACGGCGGACUGAUCGCGUGGCUGCAAGUCGCGGGCUCGUUUUGCCUCUACUUUUGUACUUGGGGGCUGAUCGCAAGCUUUGGAAGCUUUCAAACUAUCUAUGAGCGCGACCAACUAUCAAGUCAUACGCCAUUUCAAAUUUCGAUCAUUGGUUCUCUCCAGACCUUCUUGAUGGUAUUCUCAGGCUUCAUAAUUGGCCCGAUCUAUGACUCUGGUUACUUCCGACAUCUUCUAGCCAUCGGUUCUACCUUCAUUGCCAUCGGCACUGUACUUCAGAGCCUGAGUCAAAAGUACUGGCAGUAUCUUCUCACUCAAGGUCUUAUGGUUGGCAUUGGCGCUGGCUGUCUAUCUAUCUUGAGUGUUGCUAUUACUUCACUAUGGUUCACUACCAAACUGCCACUAGUCAAUGGACUUGCAGCUUGCGGGAGUGGACUCGGAGGUGUUCUUCUCCCCAUUAUGAUACGGGAGCUUAAUGCGCAGACAAGCUUGCCAUGGGCAGCCAGGGCUAUGGCUUUGUUGCUGUUGGUCCUACUCCUGUUUUCCAACCUUGUGCUCCGACCGGGGCCGAAUCCUAGCAGACCAGCUCAGCGAAGGCAACUUCUCGACAAGACGGCUUUUACAGACUGGCCCUACGUGUUCUUUGUGGCAGGCUGCUUUUCUGUCUUUCUUGGAAUGUACACGCCUUUUGUCUAUGUUCAAAGUUACGCUCUGGACAACAAAAUCGCGUCGACCGAUCUUGCAGGGAAUCUGCUUGCUAUUCUCAACAGCAGCUCCAUCUUUGGCCGUAUCCUUCCCGCUUUCCUCGCACAGAGUCUCGGACCUAUGAACACUAUCAUUAGUGCAGCAAUUUUACUCGCCACGACAAGCUUGUGUCUCAUCUCAGCAACUACAACUCCGCGAUUGCUUGUUACCGUCAUCAGCCAAGGCUUCUUCACGGGGUCCUUCUUCGCGCUUCAGCCGACCAUCUUUGUCAGACUGACUAGUGAUCCCCGACGAAUUGGAACAAGAUUUGGUAUGGCCUUUUCGGUCAUGUCUAUCGCGCUCUUGUUUGGACCACCUGUUGGAGGGGCAUUGCGAAGGAGCAUGGGGUAUACGGCCGCUUGGGUCUGGGCUGGGUUGACUGUUUUCGUCGGCGGCAUGUUGAUUCUGUGCAGUAGGUUGCUGAAGGAUAACAAGUCUAUGAUCGUAUGA